GGUCCUCCCCGCCCCGCCAGCCCUCGUAGCUAUGGAAACUCGUCGAUGGCAACAUCCACCAGUCUGCUCUGCCCCCAUCCUCCUAUACCUCUCGGAGGUGCCGAGCGUGAGCCACUGUGACCGACACACGAGACGCUGCAAGAUGGCGAUUGUGCGACUCGUGACUUGUUUUGUUCUGUACACGAGCCUGGGCCAAAUUCCAUCAUCAGUCGGAGUAACCCUCCGAACCACCGACAAGAUCGUGUGGGCAAAUGAGUUUGAGCCCAUUGAACUGACCUGUUUGAUAGAGUCCAUCUCAACAAACAACCCGAGGAUUGAGUGGAAAAAGAUUAAAAAUGGCAUCCCCAGUUAUGUGUACUUCCAAAACAAGAUAGCAGGGGACUUGGAGCAGAGAGCUCAGCUCAGAGAGCCGGCCAACAUUCUGAUCUUCAACGCCACUCGCUCAGACACCGCAGAGUACCGCUGCGAGGUGGCCGCCAUCGACGAUCAAAGGGACUUUGAUGAGAUACUUAUUAGUCUUGCAGUGAGAGUGAAACCCGUUGUACCACGGUGCAGCGUGCCAGAGGCCGUCACAGUGGGAACAUCGACGGAGCUGCGAUGUCUGGAGAACGAGGGCUUCCCUGCUCCUCAGUACCGCUGGUUCCACAACAACGAGGAGCUUCCUCAGGAUGCCAAAAACAGCCUGAAAUUUGUCAACUCGUCAUACAGCAUCAACCCUGACACUGGAGGCCUGAAAUUUCGAAGGGUGAAGAAGGACGACGCAGGCGAGUACUACUGCCAGGCAAAGAACGAUGCAGGACAUGCACAGUGUCCCCCACAAAUGAUGGAAGUCUAUGAUGUCGACAUACUUGGGAUUUUCCUCAAGUGCUUUGGUGCCGUGAUCGUUUUCUUCUGUUUGGCUGCUUGCCUUUGUCAUUACCUUCGACGUGGAUGCUUCCACAAAAAAGGCCACAAUGAAAAUAACUACAAUUGGCCAGCACAGAGUGAUGCUGUUGACUAUGGCGAUGCAGAUGAGGGUCAUUUUCGCCACAAGAGUUCAUUCAUUAUUUGAAAACUGAGACAGAGGAUAAGAUGGAACACAAGACACAAGACAAAAGCAAAAACUAUUGAGGCUCACUUGCAACAAUGAAGCUCCAGAUAGUAAAGUUUGAGGUGUAACAUGGCACAUUACUCUCUGAGCACAUAUAAAUCAAAUCAAUUUGCCAAAGUAAUUUCAUUUUGUGGCACCGUUUUUAUGGUAUUUAUAACUGAGCAGCAUUUUGUUAUUUUGUUGUUAGUAUUUAUUUCCAUUUGUAACAUUGGAUUUUCACAUCUGAUUUAGUUUUAUUUUUGGUAAUGUUACAGUAUUUAUUUUUAAAUCUUAUAAAACCAUUUCAAAGCCGUGAUAUUUGAUCCACGGUGUCACCAGAAAAGAUGCUGGAAGCUACCUUCCUUUGUCCCUGUUUUUUGGACAAAUCCUCUUUUAUAACUCUCUAAUUUUUUACUGUGUUCUCUGAAAUUGUUUUACAAAACUUCACAUGGUCUUUGUUCAUGAGAUAAAUAUGUCUUCAGUUUGUUUCACGUGGGGACAAGCAGAAACUUGUUUUUGUAUAUACUGUCAUUAUACAGACAAUAGGUAGCAGACUGCAAAAGGCUCAGACUGAUAUGGCACAAUUUAUUAGCCUUUAUUAUAUUUACGGACAAUAACAAGUGUGUACAAGUACAGAUUAACCCUUGAAUUUGAAAACCAUAUAUCCAACUAUGCUGCAAAUUCAUUAUGGACUAUAAAGGGUGGUGAAGUAUGAUUUUAAGAGUGCUGUUUCUGUUUAUAAGUGACCUUCUGUACUUAACUAAUUAUUUUGUGAGUAUUGGACAUAUUGUCCAGUUUUGACUCAGUAUUUAAUGUACAUAAAUAUAUACAUUUUUGGAACUUUUAAUUUUCAUACAUUGCACUCCAUACUUAUUGUAAAUAUGGCAAUAAAACUGUUUGUUGGAAAUAAAUUUACAGUAUUCACCGUUCAGUGUGUUAAUGCAAUGACCCUGUCAGUACCAGUAUAUCAUUUCAAACAUUUGUGUUAAUGAUUUGUGUAACAACUCAGGAACUGUUGUAAGACGUCCACUGUUCGUUUGAUAUUAAUGCUACAUAUUCAUGUUAUUUUGUUACUAUUAAAUUCAACUGAACUGUAA